GUUCGCUAUAGUCUGGUGGUGGUUCAUAAUCUGGCGGAUCAUCAGGCGCUACUCAAGUCAAAUAUCCGUAAUGACAGUAUCCGAGGUGGCUAUUGCAACAUACGGUACGGAUCCAGAAACAAAUGCGUAUUACUCUCGUUUGCCAAUAUUUAAUUGGCACUUUCUGGACUGCAAAAUUAAUAUGUGCUAAAAAAAAUUCACCCAAAAAGGUGUCAUUGAAAC